AUAAGACAGUCUAUACCUUGAAUAUCCUGAUUAGAAGUACAGAAUUCCUACAAAACCAUGCUGGUGCUCUUCAUGUCUGUCCACUUUGGCUUGACAAGGUUGAAGGUGAAAACUACUGAGGAAGACCUGGAUGUUCUGCACCCUGUGUAUCAGCCCAGAAGUGGCCCUAUAAAGGGAUCUGUGGAUCCCUUAAAAAUCAAAUGGGCUUUAAUUUGGACAUUCUCAAUAGGAAGGGUUUAACAAUUAACUUUAUAGUCAGGUACUUUGAUCAAGAGAUGAUACUAGAUGGCUGUUUCUGUUAUUCAACCUGAUUUCUAGAAUGAAGUUGAAUUAAUUUGAUAUCAGAGGCUGGCCUUGAAUUUCAGGCCUCCAGAUAUCAGUCCCCCCAAGAAGAUCCCGCGCCUGCGCCUUGUGAGAUCCUGCUCCCCCCCCCCCCCAGCUCCCAAACAUCCAUCUAUCCCAGCAUAUUCGCUACCCAGGAGGCACCACGCGGCUCUGCGCACGCGCUCUGAUUCAGUGUCAGAGCAGCCGGGUGGUCACGUGUUAGCAGAGCUCCUGAGGUGGUGUUUGGCUGUUGUACGGCCGUGAAGAAGCGCGCAUUUUCCCAGUUGUGGGGAAUAGGAAGUUGGCUGCCACUCCCAAGUUUCUGGGGGAAGGUUCCACGGGAAAAGCUGCUCGCUCCUGCUUACUCUGUGGUCUGGAGGACUUCUCAGGAUCUGACAACCUCCUUAUCAUGUCUUUGUGUGAAGAUAUGCUGCUUUGUAAUUACCGAAAGUGUCGCUGCAAACUCUCUGGGUAUGCAUGGGUUACUGCCUGCUCUCACAUCUUCUGUGAUCAGCAUGGUAGUGGUGAGUUUAGUCGUUCACCAGCUAUCUGCCCUGCCUGUAACAGUACCCUUUCUGGAAAACUAGAUAUUGUCCGCACAGAACUCAGUCCAUCAGAGGAAUAUAAAGCUAUGGUAUUAGCAGGGCUGAGACCAGAGAUUGUGUUGGACAUUAGUUCCCGAGCACUGGCCUUCUGGACAUAUCAGGUACAUCAGGAACGUCUCUAUCAGGAAUACAAUUUCAGCAAGGCUGAAAGCCAUCUGAAACAGAUGGAGAAAAUAUAUACUCAGCAAAUACAGAGCAAGGAUGUAGAGUUAACCUCUAUGAAAGGGGAGGUCACCUCUAUGAAGAAAGUGUUAGAAGAAUACAAGAAAAAGUUCAGUGACAUCUCUGAGAAACUUAUGGAGCGUAAUCGCCAGUAUCAAAAGCUCCAAGGCCUCUAUGAUAGCCUUAGGCUGCGAAAUAUCACUAUUGCUAACCAAGAAAGCUCCCUUGAACCAUCUAUGAUUGCACAGUCUGGUGUCUUUGGUUUCCCAGUAGGGAACAACUCCAAGUUUCCUUUGGACAAUACACCAAUUCGAAAUCGGGGUGGUGGAGAUGAAGAUUUUCAAUUCAGACCAUUUUUUGUGGGUUCUCCCACAGCACCUGAACCCAGUAACAGCUUUUUUAGUUUUGCAUCUCACAGUCAUGAGUCAGAGCAGCAGCAAAUCUCUAGCAGGGCCUUCAAAGUGAAAAGAAUUUAACUUGCUUUAUACAGUGUUUCUCUGCUUUCUGUAAUUUCAUUAUAAUCUUUAUUUUAAAUAGAAGUAACCCACUUCCUUAUGCUAUUAAGUCUGUGAGGUUGUAUUUCAGAUUCAAGAAACUCAUUGUUAGUGGGAUGGAUGGCUGUAGUAUCUAAUUUCCUUGUCUUUAACACAUGAGCAGCAUUCCAUUAGUCUGUUUUAUUUACUAGUUGAAUUCAAUUUUCAUCACUGGUAAAAAGGUCACAACAUUGUAUGUCCUAGUAAAUCACUGUUUCAGCUUGGCAGGUUUUGGCCAAUCUGUGUGUUAAUGCAUAUGUGUAUUAGCACCACUGUUCUGUCUACAUGUCUUUGGCUGAUUCUGGUAUUUAUUCUCAUAUGUAUAUGUGUGUUCAUUGAUACAUUGCUGUGUUUGCCAGUACAUUUAUGUGAAGAUUUUGGCCUUGUAAAAUGAUGGCUGGUUGAUUGGAUUACUGUUUAGUUGUGGGCAUUUUAUAUGUUUAUGUAUUUGCAUUUAUAUUAACUUGUUUGGUGGUAGAUUCAUGCCAGUGAAUGACAGAAUGUUAAAAAUAAUUUACGUUGGUAGUUCUGAAGUUUUUGUCAUUGCUUUAAAAUAAAAGUUGCAAAUUUUUUU